AGCUUUCCAAAGGGGAUGACAUUUUUAGAAAAUAAAAGACAAAGAAAAUACAUUAUUAUUUUCCACUGAUCUCCAAACUUUUAAAGACUUGUUUAGAUACUGGCUCUGAACAUUUUGAAGAGAGAACCUUAAGAUCCGUAAAACUUAUCCUGUAGUCAGUAGAGAGUCCUUGCUUCCUAAUUUGACUAAUUUGGCAGUAUCAUUCUGCCUUUCUCUAACAUGAGUAAAGAGCACAAUUUGUAGUCUUAGAAAUUUCUAUUUUGCAAAUAAUAAAUGUGAAGCUGGAAGGAGUUAACUGCCUUAUCCAAGGGCACAGCUGCUAGAUCUGAGACCAGAGCUCAGGUUUGCUAAUUCUUGUCAUGAAUUUGAAAUGCUUAAAUAAAGAUUUUGUUCUGUGUAUUGUGUGGAAGUGUGUCUUACUAUAUUCAAAUAUUUCUUCACACCCAGAAUAUAGAAAAGUGAAUGGUAAUAGAAUUGACCCUGAGGUUAAAGAUACUUCUUACAUUUCUUAAUAUUUAUGUUAAAGAUAUUUUAUCAUUGUGCAACUUACCCUUUACUGUACUUAUAUAAGGUUUUGAUGUUGUUUUUGUUGAUGUAGUGAAAAUCACUAAUGUGUUUAUAUUUUUACUGGUCCUGUAACACUUCAUGGAACUUCUUUUCUUGUGGAUAACUUCAAUGUGGGGAGAUUGAGCUCUUGUCCCUUUAGAGGCUCAGUGUUUGUUGAUACAUCUGUCCAAAUGGAAGUUUCAUCUAAAGCAGUGAUUUUCAGUGUGUCUUUGAAGAACCUCCGAUGGAGUGAGACUCCUUUGUAAUUAAAAGCUAUUUCUGCAUUUGAAGUUCAGCCAAUUUCUACUGAGGUCCAAGAAGGUGGAGUUGCUAGAUUUGCAUGCAAGAUUUCAUCAAACCCUCCUGCAGUCAUAACAUGGGAAUUAAAUCGGACAACUCUACCUGUAACUAUGGACAGGGUAACUGCACUACCAACAGGAGUAUUGCAGAUCUAUGAUGUUGACCAAAAGGAUGCUGGAAAUUACCGUUGUGUUGCUGCUACUGUAGCUCACAGACGUAAAAGUAUGGAGGCCUUACUCACAGUGAUUCCAGGUAAGGAGUCUAAAUCCUUCCACACACCAUCCAUUAUAGCAGGUCCACAGAACAUAACAACGUCUCUUCAUCAGACUGUUGUUUUAGAAUGUGCGGCCACAGGAAAUCCCAAACCAAUUAUUUCUUGGAGCCGUCUUGAUCACAAGUCCAUUGAUGUCUUCAAUACUCGGGUACUUGGAAAUGGUAAUCUCAUGAUAUCUGACAUUAGGCUGCAACACGCUGGAGUAUAUGUUUGUCGGGCCACUACCCCGGGCACACGCAACUUUACAGUUGCCAUGGCAACUUUAACUGUAUUAGCUCCUCCUUCAUUUGUCGAAUGGCCAGAAAGUUUAACGAGGCCUCGAGCUGGUACUGCUCGAUUUGUAUGUCAGGCAGAAGGAAUCCCCUCACCCAAAAUGUCAUGGUUGAAAAACGGAAGGAAGAUACAUUCAAAUGGUAGAAUUAAAAUGUACAACAGUAAAUUGGUAAUUAAUCAGAUUAUUCCUGAAGAUGAUGCUAUUUAUCAGUGCAUGGCUGAGAACAGCCAAGGAUCUAUUUUAUCUAGAGCCAGACUGACUGUAGUAAUGUCAGAAGACAGACCCAGUGCUCCCUAUAACGUGCAUGCUGAAACCAUGUCAAGUUCAGCCAUCCUUUUAGCUUGGGAGAGGCCACUUUAUAAUUCAGACAAAGUCAUCGCUUAUUCUGUGCACUACAUGAAAGCAGAAGGUUUAAACAAUGAAGAGUAUCAAGUAGUCAUCGGAAAUGACACAACUCAUUAUCUUAUUGAUGACUUGGAACCUGCCAGCAAUUAUACUUUCUACAUUGUGGCUUAUAUGCCAAUGGGAGCCAGUCAGAUGUCCGACCACGUGACACAGAAAACUUUAGAGGAUGUUCCCCUGAGACCUCCUGAAAUUAGUUUGACAAGUCGAAGUCCCACCGAUAUUCUCGUCUCCUGGCUGCCAAUCCCAGCCAAGUAUCGGCGGGGCCAGGUGGUCCUCUACCGCCUGUCCUUCCGCCUGAGUACUGACAACACCAUCCAAGUUCUGGAGCUCCCAGGGACCACUCAUGAGCACCUGUUAGAGGGCCUGAAACCUGAUAGUGUCUACCUGGUGCGGAUUACUGCUGCCACCAGAGUGGGGCUGGGAGAGUCUUCAGUAUGGACCUCACACAGGACACCCAAAGCUACAAGCGUGAAAGCCCCUAAGUCUCCAGAGUUACAUUUGGAGCCUCUGAAUUGUACCACCAUUUCUGUAAAGUGGCAACAAGAUGCUGAGGACACAGCAACCAUUCAGGGCUACAAGCUGUACUACAAAGAAGAAGGGCAGCAGGAGAAUGGACCCAUUUUCUUAGCUACCAGUGACCUUCUCUAUACUCUCAGUGGUUUAGACCCGAGAAGAAAAUAUCAUGUGAGAUUGCUGGCUUACAACAGCAUAGAAGAUGGCUACCAGGCAGAUCAAACAGUCAGUACUCCGGGAUGCGUGUCUGUUCGUGAUCGCAUGGUUCCUCCUCCACCACCACCCCACCAUCUCUAUGCGAAGGCUAACACCUCAUCUUCCAUCUUCCUGCACUGGAGGAGGCCUGCGUUCACCACUGCACAAAUAAUUAACUACACCAUCCGCUGUAACCCUGUUGGCCUGCAGAAUGCUUCUUUGGUUUUAUACCUUCAAACAUCAGAAACUCACAUGUUGGUUCAAGGUCUAGAACCAAACACCAAAUAUGAAUUUGCUGUUCGACUGCAUGUGGAUCAACUUACCAGUCCCUGGAGCCCCGUUGUCUACCACUCUACACUUCCAGAAGCACCAGCAGGCCCACCAGUUGGAGUGAAAGUGACAUUGAUAGAGGAUGACACUGCCCUGGUUUCUUGGAAACCUCCUGAUGGCCCAGAGACGGUUGUGACGCACUACACUAUCUUGUAUGCAUCCAGGAAGGCCUGGAUUGCAGGAGAGUGGCAGGUCCUACACCGAGAAGGGGCAAUAACCAUGGCUUUGCUAGAAAACCUUGUGGCAGGAAAUAUAUACAUUGUCAAGAUAUCUGCAUCCAAUGAGGUAGGAGAAGGACCCUUUUCAAAUUCUGUGGAGCUGGCCGUACUUCCAAAGGAAACUCCUGAAUCAAAUCAGAGGCCCAAGCGUUUAGAUUCUGCUGAUGUCAAAGUUUAUUCAGGCUAUUACCAUCUGGACCAAAAAUCAAUGACCGGCAUUGCUGUAGGUGUUGGCAUAGCCUUGACCUGCAUCCUCAUCUGUGUUCUCAUCUUGAUAUACCGAAGUAAAGCCAGGAAAUCAACUGCCUCCAAGACAGCACAGAAUGGAACUCAACAAUUAUCUCAUACCAGUGCCUCCCUAGCCAGUGGAAAUGAAGUAGGAAAGAACCGGGAAGGAGCUCUAGAAAAUGAAGAGUCCUUAAUGCCAAUGAUCAUGCCAAACAGCUUCAUCGAUGCCAAGGGAGGAACUGACCUGAUAAUUAAUAGUUAUGGUCCUAUAAUUAAAAACAACCCUAAGAAAAAAUGGCUUUUUUUCCAAGAUUCUAAGAAGAUUAAAGCUGAGCAGCCUCAAAGAAGAUUUACUCAAGCGGUCUGCUUUUACCAGCCAGGCACUACCGUAUUAAUCAGUGAUGAGGACUCUCCCAGCUCCGCAGGUCAUACAGCCAGCUUCCCAAGACCCUUUGGUGUUGCAACUGAUACUGAGCAUUCAGCGAAUAGUGAAGGCAGCCACGAAACUGGGGAUUCUGGAAGGUUCUCCCAUGAGUCCAAUGAUGAAAUACACCUGUCCUCAGUUAUAAGUACCACACCCCUGACCCCCAGUUCCUUCACUGGCACUGAUUCGAGUGGGGAUCGCUCGAUGAGAAAGUGUGAAGAACAUGCAGUGCCAUCAGAUGCUGAGCAGAUUUCCUCUUCAGUUCCUCAGCCACCAUCUGCCAUGCUCUGCUUUGAUAAAAAGGAUUUUCCAAUCUAGAUAGCCACGUCCAGGUAUUCUCACCUUUUAAGUCUUUUUGAAGGACAGUGAACAGGGAGCCAAAGCCUUUUGUGAAAAUCAUGAUAUCUUAUUGGGUAUUUCACCUUUUUUGAAUGUGUUUUUUUUAUCUUUAAGCUCACGUAUUUUGAAUGUUUCAGUGUCAGCAAUGUGAAAAGACAGUCAAGAUAUUUGACUGGAUUAUGAAAUAUAUCACUGGAGCAAAGGGAAGACUUUUGAAAGCCCCUUUGCUGACUAUCUACCUCAGUUUGCCACAUGGCAAACUCAGAAGACAACUUUGUUACCUCGUUUGUUGUGAUAGUUUCUCAGCUACAUAACCGAUGAUACUUCCUAGUAGCGUUUUGUUUUCAUUGCUGUAUGUGUAAUGUGUGUGAUCAAAGGAGUCAUAUAGGUAGAUGAGUAAGAAUGUUUAUCUGAAGCUCUGAUUUAAGAAACAACAGCAACAAACUAUGACCUGUGUAUGGUUUGGAUAAUUUAACACCUUCAGCUGCGAGGACUGAAACCGCAAAGAGAAAAGUGGGACUGUUGACUUUACUGAAUGACCAAAACAAAAAUGUAUCUCUUUUGAGAGUAGAACUGUUCAGUAGCAUACAGGGACUCCUAUUGCGUCUAGGGCCUUUAUGUUGUGGGCAUUAGAGUCUUGAGUGCUUUAUCUGCUGUAUCCCAAACCUCAGCCUGCCUAGAAGCCGUGCCUUUUCUACAUGCUCCUUUGCCUGACAGUUGGCCAAAGGCUGCACUGUCUAGUUUGCAAAGCAUCCUCAACCUUUCCAGAAUUAGUUGCAAAACUCCUUGCAGAAAAUAGACUUUCAAAGAGAACAGGUUAGGGUUGGUGUUUUGUUUUGUUUUGUUUUAACCCAGCUUGGCUUAAAGGGGUAAAGAAGUUUCAUUAAAUAUUAAUAAUGAAGAUAAAUGCAACAGUAGACAGUAAAAUGAACUUGAGGUUAUCACGGUAACAGUGCCUUCCGUUAUAUAUUAUGAAGUUCUUUGCCUUAUACCUUUUUAAUAUUCAUGAAGUUGUUCAGGAUAAGAGUACAAAAAGUUGCCUUAAGAGUUUCUUGGAUUUUAUCAGUAACUCUUUUGAUGUACAGUAUUUUAUCAAAGCAUUUUGGUUUGUUUUUGUGCAGGUUUUGUUUAGGGAUAAGUAUUCAGAGCUCUACCAACUUGGUUGUAUUUUCUUGAAUUCUUAAGAGAAUUUGGUACUCUGUUUAAUCUUCCUUCCGUGUCAAUGCUGUGAAUGAGGAAUGCUAACUCUGGGAGUGAGUUAAUCCUCUUGCUGGUUUGAAAUCAGUAAACUGUUGACUUAGCCACAUAGGAUAGGCCUUCUUUCAGUAAUGAGACAGUUACCUGUUAGGUGCCCAGCAGUGAGAGACAGUAAAGAAUUAAACACAUGGUGUAGAGAAGGGACCCCCUUUUCCUUUUAAAAGUAUUUCUUCAAAUUAUCUGGAAAUGACUUUUGAGCCGCUUUUUAAAAGGAAUCUUAAUGGGUAUCCCCCUUGAAACUUUUUGUUUAUGGAAGUGGGGGGUCAUGUUAAAUGGUGUUCUAAAGUCAAAAAAAUGUUACCGGACGACAGUCCCACCUCUAUCAUCUUCUAUCCCAGUGUCUGAUGACACAACAUUUUUCGGUUGUUUUUUAAUCUGUAGUUUUGUGCCAAAUUGGAUGUGUUCAGAAGUAGACCAACAUUAACUGCUAGCAUGCGCUUCUGAACUAAAUUCACAGUGCGCCAUUUAGUUAUCUACGUAUGGGCGUGAUGGCAAAACAAAAAAGCAGAGCUUUAGGUGAACAAUCUGAGGCCAGGAAAAAUGCUGCUCCUGCCUUUAUAGCUCCUGUUUAUACUACCUCCUUUUAAACUUAUUCUAGUGUUAUUUUUUUUUCCUGUACUCAGGGAACGUUUUGUUACUUUUGAGCUGCCUCAUGGAAGCAUGGGCAAAUUGACAGGGUAUGGCGUUUUGGGGUUCAUAAGUAGAAUUAUGUGAGGCCAGCUUUUAUCAAUAUCUAAAACUAAGGACUACAGUGAGUUCAUUUUAUGUUUUUAAACUUUUGUUAAAAGGCAGACAGAAUCUCAAGUUGAAACAUCAUCCAUCAUGUCUAGGACUCUAUUAAUUUGAAUCAUUUUAAAAGCCUAAAAUGAUGAUCUGAAGUCCUUAAAGGAAAGUAUUUUGUUUGUUUUGUUUUUGAUCAAUAGGCCCAUAGUUAUUGUAGACCUUUAGGCUAUAACUGUUUGCUAAUUAUUUACCAGUACAUUUUUCACUCUUUCACCUUUUCAUUUUGUUCUUAUAUAAGAUUUUUUUCAUAAUAAUCCUAUUACCAAAGAAUUUUCAGUAGAAAGUGAAAAUUUGACUGUGAUUUCCCCCCAAAUUGAAUUAACUAGAAGCAUCUAUAGGUAUGACGCUUAUACAAGUAGUUACUAACCCAGAAUAAUAGGGUUUAUCUUGAUUGUUGUAGUUAAUUAGACUAGUAAUUUUAACUACCUUAUUGUUACCAGAGCAUUUAAAAUAAGUUCUUUACCAGCAGAUAGUUCCAAAGAAUUUCAAGUGUAAUUUUUUUUUCUUCAGCAAGUAUAUCUUCAGCUAUACAGUAUUAAAGUAUUUUGAAAUUGUUGAAACUACUUGUUGUAGAGAAAAAAAACUCUUUUCACCAAAGAUAAAUAUUUUGGUCUCAUUGAAUAAGAUAUUUAGUGAACACCAAAGACUUCUUUUUACUUGGCCAAAGCUAGCUUCUUUGAAGUCUUAAGUAUGAAAUUGUAACUAAAAUGUGAAGGUUCUCUUUCAUCUCUCAUAGUGGUGUUACUUCAUGGUAUUUUCACUCUGAAGUGGCUAAUAUGCAAAUAGUAACUAUUUUCUUUUCCAAAGACUUAUUUGCUGUAAGUACUAAUACAUGCAUGUCAUUUUUAUGCCAAAUAUUACAAGAUACUGCUCAUCAGUAUUUUCAUACCAAAGAUCAUGCAAAUAUAUAGAUUAGCCUGUAAGUAAGUAAAGAUGAGCAGAUUUGAAAUAAAUUUAUUUAGAGGCUGAUAGGGAAUCUAGCUUUAGUAGCAAAAGAUAUCAAAGGGCUAAGUUUACAUAAUUAAAAGCAAUACAGUUAUAUUGGUAUUUAUCAGUGUUUUAAUUCACAUACUUUUUAUCAACAAAUUUUUAGAAAACCAAAGAUAUUUAAGGUUAUGUCCACAUAUAGGCAGAUUUAGUUGUACAUUAAACUGUUGUUUCUUGUUUUUAUGUCAACCAAACUUGUCUCUCCAGAACCCUGUCUGUAUACAAAUAGCAUACAUAGGGACUUCCCAUCAAAUCUGCUGAUUCAGCCACAGGAUGUUUUUGCCAAAUGAUGUGAUACUUUCCUAAGCACCUUGAGUGUGAGAUGUCAACAGAAAUAUCAGCAGGCUUUUCCACUGCAGAGCAUUAUGGCAACCCCUGAAUCAGUCUGCGCUGUCUUCCUCCUGCUUAAAGCAUUAUGUGGUUAACUCUGAAGGCUUGAGGCAGUCCCUUAAUAAUAGGGAUGUUCUCAUCUCUGGGGAGCAAUGGGAUAUAACAGGGAAUCACAUCAUUGUUUUAAGUGGCUGUUCUUUGAUAGAUGUUCUCUUUAAAGUUGUCCAUAAAUUGAAAUAUUUUAAUUGCAUCAAGGGAACAAAAAUCUUUUUCAUGAAAUCUGGAGUUUUAUAUUUUGAUUAGCCUAAAAGUAAGGACACAGCUUUAUCCACUAAGUGGCUUUAAAAGAUCAGUUUUGGCACCCCAGGGAAAUUAGAUCCUCAGUGAAAUGCUUUUUAUUUGCUUUUGCUUCAAACAAGAGCAGUGCCAACGCUGGCAACAAUGACAGUGAUUUGCAUUGGUGUGUCUUGGCUUCAUUAAGGACAUAUGCCAGAAACUUGCUCAUGUUGACAACUCAGGGUCAUUGUUCAAGUCGAUGAAGACAACUUUGGAAACAAUUGAGUGUCACAAAAAAAGAUGAUUUGAAAGGUUUUUUUUUUUUUUAAACACUAGAAUAUCCAGAUGUGGUUCCAUCUCAGCAGUGGCUGUAGUGAUUCACACAUACUUUUCUAUUUCAUUGAAUAUAAAUGUUUAAUACUGAACGUAAAAAAAGAAAAAAGUGCCAAUACAUUGAAAGAGGCAUGAUUUAAGACUAAACAUGUAUUUUGUAAACUUUGUUCCUGACAAUUUGGCACAUGGGUCUCUGGUAAAAUUGCUUUGGCUUAAUAGUCAUAAUUUCUGUGGGCUGUGAGCACAGAGUACAGGGUUCUGGAGAUCACCAUACACAACCAGUUGUCUAAUUGUGAAUUUUAUUGAUGUUUAGAAGAACACAUACCUAGAAUUCUGUGUGAAGUUGAUUUAUGCUCAGGACAUAAGAUCACAGGCUAAUGCAAUGUGUAUGUUUGCAGGCUUUAAUCUUUUCAGGCGGUUUCCCUUGGUAAGCCUUUGAAGGUGUUUAAGAUUAACAUGACAGCCUUGCAUUUUUACCAGGCAGAUACUGUAUUAUUUUCUUAUUGCUGCUGAAAUGAGUUACCAUGAAGCUGGCCUUGAAGCAACACAAAUUUAUUAUCUUACAGUUCUGUAGGUCAGAAGUCUGCCACAGUUCUCAAUGGGAUAAAAUCAGGGUUUGUUUCCUUGUCUUUUCUGGAUUUUAGAAACUGUAGACCCCACCCCCUAUUCUCUCUGACCCCACUUCCAUUAUCGUAUCUCUUUUCCUGACCCCAACGGGGAAACAUUCUCCAGUGUUAAGGACGCACGUGAUUAGUUGGGGCCCAUCUGGACGAUCCAGGGUACUCUCCCCAUCUGAAAAUUCUUAACUUAAUCACCUCUGCGAAGUCCCUUUUGCCCUGUAUGGUAACAUAUUCAGAGUCCAGGGAUUUGGGCGUGGACUUCUGUAGGUGGCCAUUCUCUUACGUACAACAGGUAUAUUAUUUCUGUAGAAUUCUGAUCUCCAUAAAAUGUCUAUAGCAUUACAGAGAUUGGAAGUGUGAAGCCAUGUACCCCUUGGUGAUCUUCAAAAUGUCAAAGUAUGAAAACCUCGGCUUAUCGCCUAUUGAAUGUUUACAUUAAACUUUCUCUCUAAAUCACUUGCAAAAACAGUUCGGCUUUAAACUUUUUGAAUAUGUGCUUUGUAAAUUAACAUCUCAGUUCUAUGUGUUUAACAGAAAAUUUCCUAAUAUUUGGCUCUAACUUUAUGGAAUUUCAUCAGAUAUUUUUGAAAACUGUUCAUAUUAUAGUUGAGCUUUCUCCUUUUCUCUUAAGUGAUUAUGUCGGUGGGGUAGGGUUGGGGGAAAGACCUCAAACAUAGGAACUCAGAGUAGAUGAGCAGGACCAUGCUCAAGUUCAUUCUUCAUUUUCUUUUCUUUUAUUAUUAUUAGUAUUAUUUUUUGUGUGUGUGUGGUAUGCGGGCCUCCCUCUGUUGUGGUCUCUCCCGUUGCGGAGCACAGGCUCCGGACGCGCAGGCUCAGCGGCCAUGGCUCACGGACCCAGCCGCUCCGCGGCAUGUGGGAUCCUCCCAGACCGGGGCGCGAACCCUUGUCCCCUGCAUCGGCAGGCGGACGCGCAACCACUGCGCCACCAGGGAAGCCCUUCAUUUUCUUUUAAAAGCAUUUUGCAACAUUCACCCUUUCUGACUUUUAAAUCGGGUUUAUUUCUUCAGCUUCACCAGCCACUGUUUGGUUUUCAGUUUGAUAGCCUCUUGAUUUUCCAUCAGCCUUAGCAAGAACCUCCACUUAUACUUAGCAGCAUGUACAACUCCUAGGAAAUUUUGUCUUUGUUUUCUUUGAUUUCAAUUGUCCCUUUUCCUAGAAAGCUUUAGAUUCCACAGCUCUAUUUCUGAUUCCUGGAUCAUGUCAAGUCAAGCCUUCUUUCAGAUUUGAAGGAUAAUUUAUAAUUAUACCCUAAGUUUCAUCAUUUCUUCAAUGAAUGAAACAAAGCUAUCUCCAUCAUGGGGUAGAGACCAUGAUGAUAUUCUGAGUAAGGUUAAGAGUGCUGGUCAUUUUUCAGCCACUUCUGACUCUACUCCUUAGGAAGGGAUAAGGCCAUUUACUGAGCGUAUGCGAUGUGCCAAGCACACCUUCAUCCCUGCACACUGCUACAUUCUGCAAGGCAAGUAUUAUUCCCAUUUUAGAGAUCAGCAAACAGGUUUAAAAUGUCUAACUUGCCAAAGAUCACAGCUAGUAUGUGGCUUAGCCAAGUUAGCCAACACUUCAGUGUUUAUAGGAUUUCUACUAUGAUAACAUCAUCUCAGCUAAGACAUGAUAUUUAAUUACCUAGGCUCAUAGUGCCUUCCACUGUGUCAACACAACCUGUCCACACAGCCAUAGCCAGUCAACAGAGAGAAGUCUGUCUUAGUUACCUUCAUUUAUUCAAGGAGGAAUUUAGGAGGCUGGGCUAUAACUCACUCUUUGUCAUCUUGUAAACUCCCUUCUUUCCUCCUUUAAAACCUUCUAUUUCUCUUAGCCGAAACUGUGUCUGAAAGCUGAUGCUUGUGCCUAAAGUUGCAGUAAACAAGGUAGGCAUGGUUUCUGGAGUCCUUAUCUGUUCAAGCACUUCCUUAUUAGACUAGGUGUUCAGAAUUGAAUUUUAUCUUUUUUAAUUUUUCUGUAGUCCCCAUAUCUAAAUAGAAAUUUAUUAACUAGAAAAAGCCAGGUGUGUAAGCAGUCAUCCUUUCUUGCUAGAUCUGAAGAGCAUAUUUGUUAUUUGAAUUCAACGUAAUUAAUUUAGGAGAGAGCAAAGUUGAGGAGAAUCAUAUAGUAGCACAAGUAUAAGGUUAGUCUUUGGCACACCUAAAUUCUAGUUUUUGACCAUUUUGAGAAUUGUCUGGUAGGAAAGUUCUUAACCUAUUUUUGUUCCUUUUCUUUAACAUGAAGUAAGGAUACUUUGUUGUGCAGAAUGAAGCAGUAGUACUUUGAAAACUUAAAAGUGUAGAUAAUUAUAAUCCAAAAGUCAUUUCUAUAAGGCUGUGAAACAUAACAGAUUUUUUUUGUUUUACAGGGCAGCCUUUCCAAUUACAAUUUUGCCUGUGCUAAAAUGAAAAAUGUUUGCAUUUCCUGUAUACGCACCAAAAAAACUAACCGAAGAAAGUGGUGGAUAAAAGAUGUAGACUGGGAUUUAAACACUCAUCUUUAAUGUAGGUAAAUCUAUAAGAUGAAUAGGGGAAUUUACAGUGCUUUCGAGAGUACUAAACAUGAAAUCAUCUUACCCUAAUUUAAAUCUUUCAUUCUUUGAUAUCUUGGCUUUUAAAGAUCUCUCUCUUAAGGAGAGAGUCAAAUAUCCCCAGAGGGGUAGAUGGGUAAGACAGAAGUGCAUUUUUAGGAUUCUUUUCUAACAGAUCUACUUUUUCAAGAUUAUGGAGCAUUUCCAAAUUUCUUUAAACUAUUUGGAAUAAAUUAUAGGGUAACACCUACUGGCACCUAAUUCUAGUUUACUCAAGUCAACCUUUAAGGCUUAUUGACAAGAAAUAUAUGAUUAUCAUCUUUUUUUAGAGAAAGGAAAUACUUUCCCUAACUUUUUCUUGAACCAGCCAAUAUCACUCUUAGUAUAAUCCAUGAGAUUCUGAACACCUUUCUUGAUUUACUCAGGUUUAUAUCUUGUAAGUAGUUCAUGGUAUGUAGACACAGUCCUAACUUACAAACUUCAUCUUUAAAAAUUUAUGUUACUGAAGUUUCUUUUUCUACAGAACUGUCUUUAAAAAUAACAAAAAUACUUAAAAUUUUUACCUAAAACAUUUUCUCCCUAUUACCACAUUCUUUAUUCUGUUUGCAAAUGAAAAUGAUUACCGAUGAUUAGCAACAUGAGCCUGUUACAGAAAUUUGCAAAGCCUGAAUACACACACAUUGCCUUAGCCUAUCAGUAGACUGGAGGACAUAUAUUAAGUAAGUUUGUCUGUCUGUUGCUGUUGUUGGACAAAAUUUUAUGUCUGUGUAUGUGCGAUUUUUUUUUCUAUUUUCUUUGAAGAUGUGAAUUAAAUGAAAGUGUGGGAGCCAGUUAUAUUGUUUCAUAUUAUGGGUGUUCUGGAUCCUUUCACUCUGUAUACCAUUUUCUUGUAAGGGCAGCAUUUGCAGACUAGCUAAUGGACUCUAGAGCUGAGCUAUUUUAAUUUUAUACUUGACUCAGGGGAUCAGCUCUGUGAACUCCAUUGCAUGAAGAAAGCAAAUGUUUACCUUGAUUUUGAAUGUACCUUUUUAAUGUCUUCUUAAAACAUAUUUUGCUUAAUAAUGUGGGUUUGUUUUCCUUUUCUAGCAUCAUAGUAAAUAUUGCCUAGUACUUUCCCCCUCCCCAGGAUAGUUUAUAUACUAUCCUACAGGUCAUGCCAAAAAUGAAUAAAAGUUUAAAUGCCAAAAUGUUUAUAAAACUGCUGUCUAAAUACUGAUUGAUUGCACAGU